CCAAAUUCUCAAAUCACUGGAGAAGAAGAAGAAGAUAUUUGUCUUCUUCCUGAUUGCGAACGCGAUGCGAAGAUUAGGGAGCCAUCGGAUUCACGGGAAGACGGGAGGAGCUGGAACGAAGGGGAUGGCGGCGAAGCUCUCAAUCGGAGUCAUCGUUCUACUCAUCUGUACUCUCUCGCUUCUCUUCUCAGCUAACGUCGGUCGCGAUCGCGAGCCUGCGCGUUCAUCUAAGGUUGUUAUUUCUUCUUGUGGUAAUAAUGUGGUGGAAGAGCUGUGGGAGAGUGCUGAGUCUGGUGGUUGGAGACCAUCUUCUGCUCCACGAUCUGACUGGCCUCCUCCUACGGAGGAGACGAAUGGCUAUCUUCGUGUUCGGUGUAAUGGUGGUUUGAAUCAGCAACGUAGUGCGGUAUGUGUGCUAUUGUAUGAUCAAGAUGCAGUACUUGCUGCCCGAAUCAUGAAUGCUACACUUGUGUUGCCCGAAUUAGAUGCAAACUCGUUUUGGCAUGAUGACAGUGGUGGUUUCCAAGGUAUAUAUGAUGUUGAACACUUUAUUGAGACACUCAAGUGUGAUGUUAAGAUUGUGGGAAUGAUCCCCGAUGUUCACAAGAAGAUAAAAGCUUUUCAGAUUAUAUACUUUUGUGUUCCUAGAGAUGCUCCUAUUGAUUGGUACCUUACAACUGCUCUAAAGGCUAUGACACAACAUAGCGCUAUCUACCUUACACCUUUCUCACAUCGGUUGGCAGAGGAAAUUGACAAUCCUGAAUAUCAACGGUUAAGGUGCAGAGUGAACUACCACGCUUUGAGAUUCAAGCUACACAUCAUGAAGUUGAGUGAUUCGAUUGUUGACAAACUCCGAUCACACGGGCACUUCAUGUCCAUCCAUCUUCGUUUCGAAAUGGAUAUGUUGGCAUUCUUAGGGUGCUUUGACAUAUUCAACCCUGAGGAACAGAAGACACUUAAGAAGUACCGUAAAGAAAAUUUCGCAGAGAAAAGGCUUAUCUACAACGAGAGACGUGCUAUCGGGAAGUGUCCACUGACCCCUGAGGAGGUAGGUCUUAUAUUACGAGCAAUGAGAUUCGACAACUCCACAAGGAUAUACCUAGCAGCUGGCGAACUAUUCGGCGGGGAACGGUUCAUGAAACCGUUUCGAACCUUAUUCCCACGGCUUGACAACCAUAGCUCGGUGGACCCUUCUUCCGAGGAGCUGUCACCAAACUCACAAGGAUUAAUAGGAUCAGCUGUUGAUUACAUGGUUUGUCUCAUGUCCGACAUUUUCAUGCCAACGUACGAUGGGCCGAGCAACUUCGCCAACAAUCUCUUAGGCCAUCGCCUCUACUACGGUUUCCGUACCACAAUCAGACCGGACAGGAAAGGUUUAGCUCCGGUUUUCGUAGCUAGAGAGAAAAAGAAAACGGGUGGAUUCGAAGAAGCGGUGAGACGAGUAAUGAUGAAGACCAACUUUGGAGGGCCUCACAGACGCGUGUCUCCUGAAUCGUUUUACACGAACUCAUGGCCUGAGUGUUUCUGUCAGGUGAAUCCGAAGAAGGGCGGUGACAAAUGCCCACCGGAUAGUGUUGUAGACAGCCGGUUGGAGAAUGUUGGAGAUUCAGAUUCAACUUCUCAGACAGAUUCCACGGUCGUUGGAUUAGGACGGCGAGGAAUCUUUGAACUGUGUAAAGCCUUUGAAAAUUGUUUCAGAUAAAGAAGAGCAGAAGAAGAGAGAGAGAGGUCUUUCGUCAUUGUUCACACUAGCUCAACAAGUAUACAUUUUUCUUUACUAAACAUAGAUUUGAAAUUUUCUUUCAAAAUUUGUAACAACAUCUAAGAGAAGUGAUAGAGAUUCGACAAACAUUCGUUUUUUUUUUCAAUAUCAUAAAUUUGAUGAUGAGCUGAUGUACGCCUUUUUUGUAACUUGGUGUUUAUGUAACGUUUUAAGGUAGCUAUAUAAUCGCUAGAAGAAAAACUGUAAUGACAAUCUUGUUAACGUAGUAAUGUUAUUAAUUAAUCAAAAUAUUUUUUUU